CACGUCCGCCCGUGAGCGCGCACCGCUGGGAGCGCGCAGGACCCGUCCCUUCAGCAGCAGUAACAGCAUCAUCCUGUCGCGGAGGAGCCGGGAUCGUGGAGCGUUGAGGAGCGGAGCGUACCCCGACAGAGACGGACGAUGGACGGAGUGGGUUCGUUCGGAGCGGGCCGGGCCGGGUCCACCAUCGACCCCAUCACAUUCGCCAAACAGCCACAGACCAUCCUGAGAGUGCUGUCGUGGAUAUUCUCCCUGGUGGUCUUUGCCUCCAUCGUAAACGAAGGCUAUUAUAACAUGGGCAGCGAGCGCCUCCACUGUGUUUUCAACAAGAAUGCUGAUGCCUGUAACUACGGAGUGUUUGUGGGGCUGGUGGGCCUGCUGGCCUGCUCCUUCUUCUUCAUGCUCGACUACAAGUUCUCCUCCAUCAGCUCUAUUAAAGACAGGAAGAAGGCGGUGAUGCUGGAGAUCGGCUUCUCAGGUUUCUGGACCUUUCUAUACUUUGUAAGUUUCUGUUUCCUGGCCAAUCAAUGGUCUCGGACCAAGAAAGAGGAUCUACCACUCAACCAAGGGGCAGACGCAGCUCGGGCAGCAAUCGCUUUCUCUUUCUUUUCCAUAAUCACUUGGGCUGGUCUAACAGCGCGUGCGGUCCAGAAGUAUCUGCUCGGUACAGACAUGAGCCUGUUCACUACCGAACACAUGGAUGGGGGUGCACCAACUCAGCCAUACCCCUCCAACUCUCCAGGAGGAGGCACCACUGAAACCACAGAGGCCUACCAGAGCCCGCCCUUUACUGAAAACAAUGCAGCACCCACAUACCAGGUUCCCAUUUACUAGAAAAGAAACAACAACAAAGACCUAAGGGUAAAACAUGGAGAUAAGAAGAAAAAUAUGAAUGAGGGGUAACCUGUGUUUUCUGAUGCAUUUCUGUGUAAAUUAACCUGUGCUUAGUAGAAACAAACAAAAAAGGCCUCUUCUUCUUUUUGUCCUCCUCAUUUUCCCUGUCCUUUCAGAACAUUCCAGAUAAAUCUGCACUUUUCUAAACCUUUCAGCAGUAAAUCUUUACUUUAGAGCAGAUAAACAAAAAACAGAUGAGGGAGAGCAGAAGAGGCCACUUUGAAGCAUUCAAACACUGUAUUGUUAGAAAAUGAGGAUCAACAGUGAAUUCUGUCUCAAAAGAAGGCUGUGUUCUUUAACUGAAAGCAAUGCGGUAGGUCCUUUCCCUAACAGGAGGCACGCCUCAUAUCUUAAUGAGAUUUAUUUAUAAGCCAAAAUCUUCCUUUCCUGCCACACACUUCUGGGAAUUUUCAGUUUUUUAGCUCCGACAGUAGUUUCAUGCUGCAGUUUAGGGGGAUCCUCUGCAUGUCUUCACUACCACUGGCUGCACUGUGUAGACCGAGGCAUUACUCACCAUGGGCGACCACUGCAUGUGAUUACUCUACGUCACCGCAAUUGCCAUAUUUUUCUUCACAUUUUAUGUUUUGACGUGCAAUAUUGCCACCUACCGGAAGCGGGAGUGUAUCCUGAGAUGAUUGAAUUAAGCUUCGCCAUUUUCAAAUUCAGAAAAAGAUUAGUUAUUUUAAUUUUAGGAUAUGUACACUCCUACUGGAAGAGUUUUUUUUUCAAACAGCCUUUUUUAUUCAUAGCUACAGGAACAAGAAAGGCAAACUAAACAAAACUGUGAUGUGUUGGACACAAACGAAACGGCUCUUAUCUCACAUAAAUAUAUCUCAUGUCACUAGACAAGAGAAUGCAAUUCGCAUGUUUUUUCCGCCUCUGUAUUCCCUGCUUCUGCUCAGUGGACAAACACACCACCCUCCUCUGCCUCAGCACGUUCGCAGACGCAGCAAGUGAAUGAGCAGGAUGUUGUUCAUGUUCAGUCGUGUUGAUUGAAAAGUAUAGACGCCGUUCAAAAGUUCAUUAUAGUUCUUCCAGACAGUCGCUGGCAAAUUCAAACAACAUUAGUAUUAACUUAACGCGCGAUUGUUGAUUCGACUGGUGUGAUUACCGAUCACUUGGCUCUUUAAAGUGAACAAGAGCCGGCUUCUUCCUGGAAACUGUUUUUUUAAACUGUCCUUCAGUCUUUCUUAUUUCUUUUUCUCUUCAAGCCGCUCAUUGGUCAAUACGUGUUUGUGUUGAGCAGCGAACCAGUAGCCAGUAACCAGUAGCGAAAGCUCGUUACACGCACAGCAGCGCAGCACGUGAAUGGAGUAGAGCGCCAGGUGCAACAAGAAGGCUAGAAGAAACAACGUUAAAAAAAAAACAUACAGAAAUCAGUGACACUAGAAAAAGAAGCAAAAUUCGGGGUCACUUUAAUUGAUAAUGCAAAAUAAGAAGAGUUUGCAAAAACAGUUCCAUCUAGAACUAGCUCCACAACCUACCUGCACCUGAAAA